UCGAUCAUGACAGGUUCUUGGUGCUGGUGCUCCAUCUACGCCCUGACUGACUGGACUGUGUGGCGUGGAGCAUCGUCCUGCUGGAGAAUCCGACCAUCAGAGUUAAAAACAUUAUCAGAGCAGAAGGAGGAAGUGGGAGAACCUACAAAAGAGGAGAAAACCGUCGCCAAGUAUCUGCGCUUCAACUGUCCCACCAAAUCCACCAACAUGAUGGGUCAUCGAGUCGAUUACUUCAUCGCAUCUAAAGCGGUGGACUGUCUGCUGGACUCUAAAUGGGCGAAAUCAAAGAAAAAUGAAGAAGCUUUAUUCACCAGUAGAGAUUCAGUCGUGGAUUAUUGUAACAGGCUCCUGAAGAAGCAGUUCUUCCACCGAGCUCUGAAGGUGAUGAAGAAGAAAUCAGAGAAGGAACUGAAGAAGGAGAAGAUGAAAGCUGAUGGAGGUAAAGAUGAGGAGAAGAAGAGUAAGAAAGAGAAAGAGAAAGAGAAGGAAAAAGAAAAAGAGAAGAAGAAGGAAACAGAUCCUACAGACACCAAGAAAGAGAAAAAUGAUGACUCUCCAGGUUCUCCAAAGAAGAAGAAGGAGGUGAAGAAAAAGUUUAAACUGGAGCCUCAUGAGGAUCAACUGUUCCUAGAUGGAAAUGAGGUUUACGUUUGGAUUUAUGAUCCGGUGCAUUUUAAGACCUUCGCUAUGGGACUGGUGUUGGUCAUCGCAGUCAUCGCUGCGACGCUCUUCCCUCUGUGGCCGGCUGAGAUGCGAGUAGGUGUUUAUUACCUGAGUGUUUGUGCCGGCUGCUUCGUGGCGAGUAUCCUCCUCCUCGCCGUGGCUCGCUGCAUCCUGUUCCUGCUCAUCUGGUUGGUCACCGGGGGACGACAUCACUUCUGGUUCCUGCCCAACCUGACGGCGGACGUGGGCUUCGUGGACUCGUUCCGUCCCAUCUACACUCACGAGUACAAGGGCCCGAGAGCCGACGGUAAGAAGGGUGGAGCAGAGCAGAGCGAGGGCAAGGGUGGGAAGAAUCAGAAGUCCGACAGUGAGGAUAAAUCGGACGGGGAGAAGAAGGAGGAGGAGGAGGAGGAAGAGGAGGAGGGCGAGAGGCGCAGCGAGGAUUCGGACAGCGAGAGGAAAGAGGACGACGCGUCUCAGCACAGCAACGGAAACGAUUUCGAGAUGAUCACACGAGAGGAGCUGGACCAGCACACCGACCACGAGGAGGAAGAGGAAGAGGAGGAGGAAGAGGAGGAGGAAGAGGAGCGGCGAGGAGGAGGCGAGGCUCAGACGUAAAGAGAGUUACGCUAACGGUUCAUUCUUCAUCACUUUCGCACAUUGCGAUCUUUAUUACGGACGGUUCAACACCAACAUCACCGCAGAGAGAAUCACGGCCAGAGCCACGCCCCCACGCACACGCCCCCCCCGCACACGCCCCCACGCACACGCCCCCCCCGCACACGCCCACGUCUCGUAAUGUUCUCAGCUCAGGGCUGAACGAUACCGUCAUCAGAUCACGAUACUUUACAGUCAAAGUAUUAAAGAGGAAAAAGAAACUGAUCCAGAAUCGUGAUGUAUCGUAAUAUUUGAUAUUGAUGUAUCGGUCAGCCCUUGUGGUGUGAGUGUGAGUGUGAGUGUGAGUGUGAGUGUGAGUGUGAGUGUCUACAUGUAUUUUACACUGGGGGUGAAACGAUACACACACACAUCACAAUAUAACAGGUUUUUUGUGUGUGUGUGUGUGUGUGUGUGUGUGUGUGUGUGUGUGGUGGUGGGGGGUGGGGGGGGGGUGUAAACAACAAGCCACCAAAAUACUGUUUUAUUAUCACGUCCUAAUUUAAACUGUUUACAACUGAGGAAUAUAAACGACGUUCUGCUUUGAUGUUUUUUAUUUCUCACUCUUAGUCAAAAACAUCGAAUUAUUUAAUAAUAAAUAUAAUAAUAGAUUAAGCACUGACGUCAUGGCUGUGUUUGUGUUCUGAUGGUUAAGUGAGCAGAGUGACGUUCAUGUUUAUGCACUCGCUGAUCUCUAGCAGGUAACGAAUCCCCACAGUUCACUGAUUCACUGAGCCUGAGAAUUUACUGCUCAAACUCCAAUCUCUGUCACUUAUAGUCUAGUUAAUUUUAUAUAUAUAUAUAUAUAUCAGGGAUAACAUUAAAACCACCUCCUUGUUUCUACUCUCACUGUCCAUGUUAUCAGCUCCACUUACCAUAUAGAAGCACUUUGUAGUUCUACAAUUACUGACUGUAGUCCAUCUGUUUCUCUACAUGCUUUAUGUGGUUUUAAUGUUAUGGCUGAUCCGUGUGUAUAUAUAUAUAUACAUCUCGGGCUUUUCUCUGGAUUUUGAAGGGUCAGAACACAGUGUCAUUAGAGCACUUUUUGAUUUUGGACAGUAAGGCCUGUCUCCUGGUUGACAUUCCAUUUCAUCCCAAAGCUGUUUAAUAGGGUUGAUGUCGGGUUCUGUGCGGACGUCAGAUUGUUGGGCUGUGAGAUUAAUUGUUAGAUCUGUUAGUUAGAGUGUGUAACGAGUGUCCACAUACUUUUGUACCUAUAAUCUCUAUAUUUAUUUGUUGGAUGCAAUAAUCUGUAUCGUUCACACAGUGGAAAUACCCAGAAUAAAUAAACCGUUUUAUCUUUAGUGUAUCAAAAAUCUAAAAUAAUAAAGUGUGUAUUGUUUCACCCCACCGUACAGCGCUGCUCAGUACCGGGUGUGUGUGUGUGUGUGUGUGUGUGUGUGUGUGUGUGUGUGUGUGUGUGUGUGUGUGUGUGUGUGUGUGUGUGUGUGUGUGUGUGUGUGUGUGUGUGUGUGUGUGUGUGUGUGUGUGUGUGUGUGUGUGUGUGUGUGUGUGUGCGUGCGUGCGUGCGUGCGUGCGUGCGUGCGUGCGUGCGUGCGUGCGUGCGUGCGUGCGUGCGUGCGUGCGUGCGUGCGUGCGUGCGUGCGUGCGUGCGUGCGUGCGUGCGUGCGAUCUCAUUGUAAUUAAAGUCGUUAGCUGAUGUAUUGACGACUGUUGUGUUUAGUUAGCGAUGUGAUUAGCGUUAGCGCUUCGUCUCCAGCAUUCACUCACUUAAAUCAUGAAGAGAAUAUUUAGGAAGCAGAUAAACUAGUUCCACUGUGAGGAUCCUGAUGGAUUAUCGCGUGUCUAUAUAUUUAUGGUCAGCAGUAAAUGUUGUAACGAUCUUCUCCCUCUGUUUGAACAGUAAAAUAACGCUGCUGCAGUUCAGUCCGUGAUGUGAAGCACCUUUAACCUCUACAGUGUUUCAUUAUUUCUGUAUCUAUCAGAUCUUUCGCAUUAAUGAUCUAAACAAGCUGAGAGUCCUGCUCAGGGGUCCAACAGUAGGUGGAGGCUGGACCGGGUUCUUCAUUUCUGCUGUUAAAGCGCCCUCUGCUGGAAGGACGAAGCACCUGCACCAAGAGCAGCAAUGAGGAACCCAUUCGACCAACCCACCCUCAGACACAGCCAAUCAUGUCUGUGUGGGUAUCCGGUCGGUCAGCUUCAGAGCUUGAGAUCCAAACCUGUGUUCCACCCCAGCACCGUAAGAUCUGUAAUCAUAACGCUAACACUAAGACACCAGCACUCAACAUUGGGCCCUUUAGCCAGACCCUUACCCUCUUGGACCUUGGUCAUUUUUGCAGCGCUGUUUGGAAACGUUCAGAUGAACAUAAAAGUGAGUGAAGGCUGGAGGGGGAUUAUCUUCAGUUCUGAUUGGAUGCCAGUAGGUGCAGCGUAAAGCAGAAGAUUAAAAACACGCUGAAGCGUCAUUAGUGCCAAACUCGCCGCUAUAAGCUAACUUUACACUUCAGCGACAUCAGCCAUGUAGCACCAACCAGAAACCUGAAACAAACACCGACGUGUCCGACUGAUCCAACAUGACUGGAACUGAUCUGCGGUCACACCUGUGAGGUGGGCGUGGUCACACCUGAGAGGUGGGCGUGGUCAGGCUGAGAUUUUACCACUAUGGUUCCGUUAGCAUCUUAGCUGGAGCUUCAGACUGAAAUGAACUGAGGAACGAAAUCAGCCACGUUUGAUACAGUAAACAUGAAGCUCCGCCCCCUAACCGCAGAGCAGCUCUGCUAUUGGUCAGAAUUGAAUGGGUGCGGCUGAUGAAGUGAAGUAUGAUGUUUAGGUUUGAGGAGGAUGGUGGUGUUUCAUUAUUUCAGGUUGAAGGUUUUCUGAUGUUAUUUGUGGCGGCUGGACGUUAGUGGACGUGAUUCGUGUGACUGGAUGAACGAGUGAAAUCGUUUCUGUUCUUCAUGUGGUGUGUUAGCGUGAUGCUCUGUGUAAGGGUGACGCUCUGUGUUAGCGUGAUGCUCUGUAAUGUGCUGCAGCAGCUCAUUCAUUCAUUAUUUGAUAUGAAUAUUUACAGAUCCUAUAAAUGUGUAACUAUAAAUAA